UCAUUGCAUAUUUGUGGCGCCUCUUCAGACUCUACCUUCUUAUGGAGUUGAUCUCUGGGAACGAGCCAUGACUCCGCUAGACUUGGAUGCAAUAGUGUCAGAACUGGGCCCCACUUCCCAGAACGCCACUGUGGGGGCAACAGCUAGCAUUUCCGUGGCAAUCAGAACUCUGCUUUUACUCGUCUGUCUGCUGCUGGUAGCUUGGAGUCACACGGACAAACAACAACUACCAGGUCCAUCUUUCUGUCUGGGGUUGGGACCUCUUUUGUCAUAUGUGAGGUUCAUUUGGAGCGGCAUAGGCACAGCCAGCCAUUACUACAACAACAAGUACGGCGACAUUGUGCGCGUUUGGAUCAAUGGAGAAGAAACGCUCAUUCUCAGCAGGGCUUCGGCGGUGCACCACGUUCUGAAGCAUGGACACUACAACUCUCGUUUCGGUAGCAAGUUAGGGCUCAGCUGCAUCGGGAUGAAUGAGAGCGGGAUUAUAUUUAACAACAAUGUCACCCUGUGGAAAAAGAUACGCAGCUAUUUCACUAAAGCUCUGACAGGCCCCGGCCUGCAGCAGACCUUGGAUGUUUGCAUUUCCUCAGCACAGAACCAUCUGGACCACCUGGAGGAGACUAACUUGGAGACAACUGCAGGGGAUGGACGGAGACAUGUGGAUGUCCUCAGUCUGCUGCGCUGCACCGUGGUGGACAUCUCCAAUAGACUAUUCUUAGGUGUACCAGUCAAUGAGAAGGAGCUGCUGCAGAAGAUUUUGAAGUAUUUUGACACAUGGCAGACCGUCCUGAUCAAGCCAGACUUCUACUUUAAGUUGGACUGGAUACACCAAAAGCACAAGGCAGCAGUCCAGGGACUCCAAGAUGCCAUAGAGAGUCUUGUGGAGGAUAAAAGGACAGAAAUGGAGCAGGCGGAUAAACUGGACAACAUCAACUUCACUGCAGAGCUCAUAUUUGCACAGAACCGUGGCGAGCUGUCUGCUGAGAACGUGAGGCAGUGCGUGUUGGAGAUGGUGAUCGCAGCACCGGACACUUUGUCCGUCAGCCUCUUCUUCAUGCUGCUGCUCCUCAAGCAGAAUCCAGAUGUGGAGCUGCUGCUGCUCCAGGAGAUCGAUGUUGUAGUCGGUGAGGAAGCUGCACAAAAAAGUGAAACGGUCGAAGCAAACUUAUUGAGGGACUUGUUUCCUGAAGGGGACAGAGCCCUGCAGAAAGGUGACCUCCACAAGCUGCAGGUGCUGGAGAGCUUCAUCAAUGAAUGCUUGCGUUUUCACCCGGUGGUGGACUUCACUAUGCGCCGGGCACUUUCUGAUGACAUCAUUGAUGGCUACAGGGUCCCUAAAGGCACGAAUAUCAUCUUGAACACCGGCCGCAUGCAUCGCAAUGACUUCUUCCUCAAUCCCAACCAGUUCAGUCUAAAAAACUUUGAAAAAAAUGCUCCUCGCCGUUACUUCCAGCCCUUUGGGUCAGGCCCUCGAGCCUGCGUUGGCAAGCACAUUGCUUUGGUGAUGAUGAAAACAAUCCUGGUGACACUGCUCUCCCAGUAUUCUGUGUGCCCCCACGAGGCCUUGACCCUUGAUGGCCUCCCACAGACCAACAACCUCUCUCAGCAGCCCGUGGAGCACGAGCAGGAGAGCGACCGUCUCACCAUGACAUUCUUACCUCGGAAGAGAGGGCGCUGGAACACUUCCUGAGACUUUUUUUCCCCUUGUCUUGUGUUUCUUUUCACACACAUUUAUUUACAGCAUACUACAUUCUCACUUUAAAACACAUUUAGUAAAACAUUGACUGGUGGGUUCAUGUUUGCCAUCUGAAUUUAAAAAAUGUGUUUAAAAUACUCCAUUUUAUUAAGAUUGCACGCCUGUAUAAAGCUUGUUUUUGCCAAAACCAGUGUAUCAACUUAAAUAUCAUAUUGUACAAACUUGUUGUGGUAUUUUUCAUUGUUGAUAAAAUAAUGCAUACAU